AUGGAUAUUUCAGAUAAUUAUUAUUAUCAAAAAGAUAAAUUUAGUCAAUUAUUAGAAGUUCUUUCUUCAGAAAUUGUUAAUCGUGCUAAACAAAUAAUUGCAAAUGAUAUAUCAUCACAAACAAGUAAUACAUCAAUGGGUUUAAAAGAUGCUUUAUCAAUUUGUGCUAUGUUUCGUGGUACUUAUUUAGAUUAUAAAGAAAAAGCUGACGCACUUAAUUCAAAAUAUAUGACUCCAGAAAAAAAAGUUUGUUUUAAUUAA